AUGGCCAAAACCAAAGGAGGAGCAGGCUCCGGAAGCAACCAACCGCCGAAGAAGAAAGGCGCCAAAAUCCCACCUCCAAAGCGUACCACAAGGCGGACCGCUUCGGAGGAGACCUCCACUAAAAUCACCGAAGACCCUUUGCUGGAGAUCCAGCCCGAGGACAAGGGGCGUGCCGAAGUCCUCCAACAAGAGGAACGAGAAGUAGCAAGAGCAGCCGCCGAGUCGACGCAACCGGAAGAGGGAGAGCCCGAGCUCACCCCUCCUGUGAAGAAAUCAAAGAAGGCUCAGGCGAGCAGAGCAACUCCGGCGCAGUCCACUGUCGCAUCACCACCUAUUCAAGCUCAACCGCAACCGCAAAUUCCAGAAACCUCCGUGCAAGAGGGAAGAACAGCUUCCGAAGAUACGGAAGAGGAAGAACAAGAGAAAGCGGAGGAGGAGAAGAGCGAAGAAGAGAAGGUGGACGAGGAAGAGGAUGAUGAAGCGGAGGAAGUUGAGGCCGUUCAGGAAAAGGAAGUAGAAAUCUCGACACCCCAGAGCAAGAGACCCGGAGUAAAAAGGAAGCUAGAUGUUGCCAAGCCCCCACUACCAGUUAAGGCCAAACCGGCACCGGCAGGCAGUAAGACCCGAACAAAAGCUGAGUAG